GGUGGCUUUUAUUCCGACAGACAGACGAGUCCAGCAGGAAAAGCCCCUGUAAAUACAUGUGGAUUGCUUCGGGACUCGAUUCCAUGGAUGCAGAUGAAGUCAAAGAUCGUUUAUGUACGCUGACAUUGAGGGAAAACGGAUUACAUUGAGCACGAGUAUCCUGAAGGAACAGCGAGUUUGUCACAUCGUGCAAGGCAUGCCUUUCAUGGAAUUCAUAGCUGGGAGCCUUUCCGGUGCACUCGGACUGGCAGUGGGCCAUCCAUUAGACACUGUGAAGGUGCGUCUGCAGGCCCAGUCUGUGUAUACAGGGAUAUUUCACUGUAUGUCUAAAACAUACUCUAAAGAAGGGCUCCAUGGAUUCUUCAAAGGUAUGGCUUUCCCCGUGCUGACCACUGGCAUCACCAACUCUGUUGUCUUUGGCUCUUACAGUAAUGCCUUAGAUCACCUCACUCAGUCUCAGCAGGGGGGCCGCGGCCACGGAAAAGCGGCCUCCGCUGCACAGGUCUUCACUGCCGGCUGCUUCUCGGGCCUGAUGCAGGUGGGUGCGUACGCCCCCAUCGACCUGGUGAAGGUGCGUCUGCAGAAUCAAACCGGCGUCGGCAGAUACCGAGGACCCGUCCACUGUGUCGCCGUCAUCCUGAGGGAAGAGGGGCCCAGGGGUCUGUUCAGGGGGGGGCUGGCCGUGGCCCUGAGGGACGUACCCUGCUACGGCCUCUACUUUCUGCCCUACGAGGUCACUCGGAAGGCUCUGACCAGGAGCGGCGAAGAGCCAGGUACGUUUGCAACCAUAAUGGCGGGCGGCUUGGCCGGCGUGGUGACCUGGUCCUUCGCCACGCCCAUGGAUGUGGUCAAAGCCCGGCUCCAGAUGUCAGGGGCCGGCGGCAGGGAGUACAGGGGGGUCCUGCACUGCAUCGCAGCCAGCUACAGGGAGGAGGGAUUGAGGGUCUUCUACAAAGGCCUCCUGCUCAACAGCCUGAGGGCUUUCCCAGUGAACGCCGUCACGUUCCUCAGCUACGAGAGUCUGAUGAGUCUGUACUGUCCACCCCCGAGAUGAGGCGCCCUCCCAGCGGGGCGGGGGGGCUUUAAUAUGCAAACGCAGUUUGAGUGCAGGUCAGAUACCCUCUGAGUUGCUUAACAUCAGCGUAACAGUCUGACGUGUGGACAGUUUUAAGAUGAGGUGAAACUUCUACAAAGACUCCAACGAAGCCCACGUGGUUCUGGACGUGUAUAUAUAUAUAUUUCUCUGUACAUGACAAAAUAUGAAGGUAUAACCUUAACCGGAGAUGUUCACCAUACGUUUUCAUUACACAAUAAAGUAAAUGAUUUUUCGUGAUAAAUAAAUACAGAGAAUGUGUCUCAUUUUAA